UGCUUCGUCCGCCAAAUCGAUUCGCAUCCACUCUGCUACCGUUUAUCGCUCGUAGACGAAAAAAGGCUCGGAUGACGAUCGACGAUAACACCCAACUACCGUGGCGAGACGCGAUGCGACCCGUCGGCCCACGUUUCUCGCCUGACACGAGACGCCUGUAGCCUGAUCGCAGCCGUUCCAACGGCAACUGCACGAAUCUAAAAAUUCGUUCAAGGGAACGUGAUAUCGGGCUGUCGGGUCGCGUACCAUCCGAUCGAUCGAAACACGCCGCGAAUUCUCUCCGCUUCCACGCAAAUCGAUUUCAAAUACGUCAAUACGUAGAAGCGAUGCGACGCAAACGAUUCGAAUUUAUCGCGAGCGUUUGGCAUGUUGUGACUGGCAGAUGCCCUUUUCACCCGCUUCUGCCGCGAUGUCUCGUGUAAUAUUCUUUUUACUAUUCGCCUUUUAAGCACGGACGUAACGAUACUCGUACGUACGUACGGUAGCUACGACCCGCGCUCCAAACCACGAUUUUUAUCCUACGCGCGAACACGAUUACGUAAGAAACUGGUGUGCGCGUUACUCGAGUCGGUGAAACGACGACGAGUUUACCGAAACGGCGAUCGUCUUACAAACGUCUCUGACUUGUCGCGCUUCGAUUUCACGGUUGCAACAAAGUGUCGGUCGGCUGCAAUCGCGUUAUACCAUCCCUUACCACGCGUUCCUCUCUAUCUAUGCUCGUACGACACGCUAUUCGCGAAAUCGUUUAUCGCACCUCUUCUUCCUUCCUGCGAUACGUUCGAACGAUAUGAAACACGCGCCGAGGCACGUACCGAUACCAACGUACGUAUUCGUUACGAACGAAUAUCGAAAGAGAGCGGAGAAUAAAAAUCGCUUGGAAUUAGAGAAACGGGCGUGGAAGAAGGAAAAACGCUCGAUAAUCGAACUCGAAUCGUCGUAUUCGAAAAUCGCCAACCUAAAUCGUAUUCGAAAAAAGCCAAGCGGGCGUGCUUUCGUUUUCGUUUCUCUCUAUGUUCGGCCGUUGGAAUUUUUUUUUUGGUCGUUGAAAUCUUCCCCCAAGUACGAUCGUUGUCGUCGCGCGAACAAAUCGUCUCCCUGCGUUAAUUUGCGCGCCAUCUAAUCAACACGAAACAAUUUCCCGUCACUUGGCACGCGACGCACGCUGCCCUAUGCAAACGCGUAUGUAUCAUGCAAGUGCGAUGUACUUGCUCGUAUUAACCGUCGAUACGCGUGUAUACGGACGGUAGAGGUGGAGCAGAAGCUUUCUGUAGUUCUCGACAGGUGGCGAUAACCGUCCGUCGUUAACUCGAAGUAGCUGCAAGCAGUAGAAAGGUGUCGUUUUUCGGUGUCAAAGAAGACGAAUGUCCUGAGAAGAAAAUAUUUGCUCGUUUUCAAGAAGACGAACGUGUUUGCCGUUCGUGUGUCGCGUAAUCGAUUCAAGGAAGAGCGCACGCGUGGCGAGAUAAAUUUCGCUUCUCGGUAAUUUCUGACCGAUCGUAUCGCGCGAGCUUGUUUCACCUAACCUCAAAGUUUGCUCUGGAUUCGCGAGGAAACCGGUCGAUCGGCGGCAUAUCGUGCGUGUUUCGUUAGGAUCACGGCGGUACGUUUGUAGCCGAACGGGGAAAGCGUAAAUAAGGGAAGGAAGGAGGGAAUCGAUCGAUCACAGCGAUAACGGUCGUGCCGUGAAAGCUUCGCCCCGAAAGACCGAUGACGAAAAUGGGUUCGCAGCAAAGUCCAGCCGCGUUGCAGUCGACGGUGGAUCGCGAGAAGGUUUACGCCUGGAUAAUCGAAUUGUCGAAUUCGGAGACGAGAGAGAACGCGUUGCUGGAACUUAGCAAGAAACGGGAGGUAGUGCCCGAUUUGGCUCCGAUGCUUUGGCAUUCGUUCGGAACGAUCGCGUCGCUGCUUCAAGAGAUAAUAAACAUAUAUCCCGCCAUCAAUCCAGCCACUCUAACCGCGUAUCAGAGCAAUCGAGUGUGCAACGCGUUGGCUCUGUUGCAGUGCGUUGCCAGUCACCCGGAAACCAGAUCCUCGUUUCUGCAGGCUCACGUGCCGCUGUUCUUAUAUCCGUUUCUACACACGGUCAGCAAGACCCGUCCGUUCGAGUAUCUUCGAUUGACCAGUUUGGGAGUGAUAGGAGCUUUGGUAAAGACCGACGAGCAAGAGGUGAUCACGUUCUUGCUCACUACGGAGAUCAUCCCGCUUUGCUUACGCAUCAUGGAGAGCGGCUCCGAAUUAAGCAAGACGGUGGCUACGUUCAUCCUGCAGAAGAUUUUACUCGACGAUAGCGGUCUUUCCUACAUCUGCCAGACGUACGAUCGAUUCAGUCACGUUGCCAUGAUUUUAGGAAAGAUGGUCUUAUCCUUGGCCAAAGAUCCUUCCGCCAGGCUGUUGAAGCACGUGGUCAGAUGUUAUCUCAGACUCUCGGACAAUCCAAGGGCAUUACUGGCGCUCAGACAGUGUUUACCCGACCAGCUGAGGGACAACACGUUCGCCACUUGUCUGCAAGAAGACGCGUCUACGAAACACUGGUUGAACCAACUUUUAAAGAAUUUAGAGACCGGCCCACAACCCGUGCCUCCGACGCAACCGGGUCAACAGGAUCCUAGAAAUAUCGGCUUGUCGCCUCUUGCUUCCUAAACCGUGCCCGCCUCCCAGAGUCGAGCCGAAACACGGAUACGCGAUCGUCGGUUACGCGACCGCAGUCUGUCGGAUGGCAGAGUGUCGGGCGAGCGAUAGAUCCGGAUAGGAAAUGGAUCGUCGUCCCAUGUCGCCCCGUGGGACACGAUGCGGGAUUACCACCGCGACGAACGAUAGGAAACUUGAUACGACGGUGAAAUCUAAAAGCAGACGAAAUCGAAAAGCAGAAACGACGAAGCGUUGCCAUUGGUGGAAGAAAAGGAAUCGUGACGUUCGAGAUACGGAAUCCAUAGUCUCCGAUCGAAAUGGUAGGAGAAACCGUGGCCGUGUUCCUCUUCCGCAUAUUUUUUCCUUCUCUACUUUCCCCUUUCACUUCCUCCUUGCGUACCUUUUACCCUCAUCUCGACGAAGGCCCUCUACGCUUGUAAUUAUUCUUUGUACAAAGGUUGUAAAUGGAAAAUACAAAAAAAUAUACGUGCGUACGUAUGCUCGCGCUUGUGUGCGUA